AUUAUUUUCGUUCUCUACUUAUAUGUACAUCAAACAAAUACAGGGUCAAGCAUUGAAUUUCAGUAGAUAUCUAUCUAGUUCGUCAUGGAUAUUAGCACUUCCAAAGAAACAUAAAUUACCUCCACGACCUAAAUGGUUAAUUGUAGAAAGUGAAAUAGAUGAGAAGUUUUUAAAGGGGGGUAGAGGUCCAGGGGGUCAAAAGAUUAAUAAAACUAAUUCAAAAGUUCAACUUACUCACAUUCCUACAGGAUUAGUUGUAACAUGUCAAUAUUCACGAUCUCAAGAAGGGAAUAGAAAGAGAGCACGUGAGAUUCUUGCUCAUAAGUUAGAAGAUUUACAAAAUCCUGAAGGAUCACGAAAUAAGGUUAUUGAAGAGAGAAAGGGAAUGGUCAAGAAAAACAAGGCUAAGAAGCUGAAUAGAAAAUAUAAAGAGAUAGAUGAACAGAGAAAGAUUGAGAAACAACUUCAAGACGAGAAAGAUGCACAAAUUAUUGACGUAGAAGAAGAAUUUCAACGGAUGAUUUCUGGAUACUCUGAAAUUAAAAUUAACAUCGAGGAUGAGAUAAAGAAGGUUAAGUGAAGAAAUGUUUCAAGCGGAGGUUUACUUUUCUGUCAUGCUGGAAAGAUAAAGAAUUCACUUAUUUGCGUAUUAUUUCACAAAUUUAUGUUAUUACGUCUAUAGAUGGAAAUUUGAGUAAAGUGGUUAAAAAAAGGAGCAAUUGGUGAGCAUCAUCGACCUCUUGAUUGAUAUAUUAAUCUGCUUGGUGCCUAAUAAAUGAUAUGAAAGUCUACUUCUAUUUUUUUUACUAGCAAACACGACAAAGUAAUUUGAGG